CAAUUAAAUGACAACAAUUCAGUGAAACAUUGUCAACGGUAGAUUUAAUCCAGAUAUGUGUAUAUUUUCGACAAAAUGUCCACAAAAGUAACCAGUUUCGCUCUAAAGCACUCAAUUGACAACACAUCGAGGACUUGCAAAGGAACAAACCAUAAAAGUGAGAGACCCCACAGACAUGUACCCAAGAAAAUUAUCACGUCGAAGAAACCAACAGUUUGUACGGAAAGCAAAAGUUGUUCGAGCUGCGUCAGUAGCAAAUGCGCUGCGAAACCAAAGAAGAUGACCAAGUCUGAUCCAACAGUCACCAGGAAGGCACAACACAAUGUCGUGGACUAUUGCCACAAGUGUGGAGACGGGAAGAGUAACAAUGGGUCUAAAGAGAAGGUCGUAUCCAUCCUCAGUGCUGCAAACGUUAAAUGUGUGAGGAACGACAACAGUGUGAGGAAAGCCGCCAGGAAACCUUCCAAACCAGUGCAGCAAUACUACAAGAACGAGAACUUCCACACGUACGAGGAAUCUGUUCACGAUACAAGCAAUAACACAAAGAAGAACGCCUCACUAGAAACUAUAAGAGAAGUAUCAGAGUUACAUGCCACACUAUCUGAAGACUCAAUAUUCAGAGUGUUUUCUGACUCCGACGAAGAUGUAACAUACAUAGAUACGAAUAACGAAGAGACUAUUAAAAAGCUAAAGGAAUUCCGACAGAAAAAUUACUUCGAAUGCCAUUCAGCACAGUCCAGAAUCAAAUCCAGAGUGAGUGCCACGAGUUUGAAAGAACACAAAUGCGUCUACAGAUUUUAUUUGAACGAGCGAUUAUUUCCAGUUCCAUUGAACACUGAUUACAACAAUAAGGUUCGAUGUGUGGAGUGCCAGCUACCAAUGGAUGUUAAACAGGAAUUGACAGGAGACAAAAUUAAUGGGACCAUUCAAGCAAAGGUUAAACUUGGUUCAGGAGACGCCCAGGAUAUGCUCCUCCUGCUUCCAGUUAAAGAUUCUCUUAUUAUCGAAGAGAGAAGAAAGGAGAUGAAGCAGGACAAUGAGUAUGUUUACUUUGGAGUUGUAAAACUGUCUGCUGAUGGGAACUCCAUUUUUAGAAGAAAUUUGCCAGUCAAUUCUUUAGCACUGAAGUACCAGAAAGGCUAUCAGGAAUACCAGGAUAGCACCAACUACAGUUACCAGGAAAUCAAAAGUGAUGACAUUAUAAUAAUUUAAGAAAUUUUCCAAGUUCUGCUUGUCGCUCGUUGGCUAUAAAAUUGAUGUUGUUCCAUGGUGUUACUAAGAUUAGGAACGGAAUUUUGGGAUGUGAAGCAAAGGUAUUUUGUUUUGUUCUAUA